AUGGAAACAGCAGAAGCUCCCGAUGUCUACGAAAAGUCCAAAGGCAUCUCCUCAAUAAUCAGAAUCAUCGGCUGCCCAGAAGACUUCCAGUCCCCCCAGCCAGACGAGCUUGAUGUCUUGGAUGCAAACACCAUCGAGACAUUCACACUCGAAGAGUUCAAGACCCUUGUCCUCGACUGCAGGUCCAAGAACAAAGACUUCAUGAUCGCAAGAGUAACCACACCUGAUCCAGAGGACCAAACCAUCUUGUACAACUUCUACUAUGCUGCGUCCGAGAUAAACAGGAUCCUCUUCAGAUUCGAGUCAGGCAGAAGGCUGCUGCACAGAAUGAAAGUCAGAAACCCUCUUAACAACAUGUACAUCCUUGGCCAAGUCUAUUACUACAAGGUUGUUCCAUUGGAUGUUGACAGCGCAUUGGUUGACUAUUUCUUUUCAGAUGCCAAGCCAUACACAGGAAAACUAGCCACAAGCUCGCCCUCUCGGGUAUUCAAGUCAAGCUCCUCAGAUGUCAUCUUCGACAGCGGCAAACUCAACACUUCGGCAGAUCAGCCAGAAACAAGAGGCGCACCGCACAAGCCGCACUCUUCCAGAAGCUCCCCAAAGGAAAUAAUAGAAAAGCUACAAAAAGGCCAGCUCUCCAUCCCAAAGUCCAUCCCUGCAGACAGAAAUGUGUCCUACAACGCCAGAUACUUUGCCUCAGACGACGACUUUCUGAUGCAGCCAGAGGUAAGGGAAUACUUCCGCAAAAACACAUUGGAUGCAGACGACGACUUCCUCUUCGAAAUAGAUAGAACACAGAACGACUUCUUUGCACUUCUUGAAACCGCAUCCGAGGAUGAUAACGAGGAGGCGCUUGGCUGGAAGCGAGUCCUUACUGCACAUGUAAGCAUGCUGGUAACUCUACUUACUGUAUGUCUUGUUCUUGGUGUUGGCCCUCAGAUGGUCCUUAUUGCACUUCCAUUGACGGCCUUAUUGAUAUUCUCCUUCAUCGGCUCGAUUUUUUAUAUCUUAUUCUGCAGAAGAAAUACAUUCGAUACCUUGGCUGCUAACAAUGUUGAAGAGCUGUAA